CAUACAACAUUAUUCAUUAAUUUGCCCUCAGUGAGUGAUUCAGCACUUGACUUCAGAGUAAAGCAAAGGUGAAGCAACUCAAAUGGCGUAUCAAGUAGACCAGUUAGCAGGACAAGUAGGACAGAUGAACGUGGAAGCAUCAGCUCCUCCUCUUCCUCCCCCUCAAGGUUAUGUACCCCCGGCUCAAGCUUACCCCCCUCCCCCCGGGGGCCAAACCCCGCCCAUGCAAGGGGGCUAUGCUCCGCCUCCUCAAGGAGGACAACCUCCACCCGGUCAAGGCUACUUUCCGCCCACUCAAGGAUAUCCUCAACCUACUCCAGGGUAUGCUCCACCCCCUCAAGGAUAUGCCCCACCCACUCAAGGAUAUGCUCCACCUCCUCAGCAAGGCUAUGAGCCGCCACCCCAGUAUACACCUAGUUACCAGCCCACUCAGGGAUUACCGCCCCCUCAGGGAAUGCCACCCCCUCAAGGAUUACCGCCCCCUCAGGGAAUGCCGCCCCCUCAAGGAUUACCGCCCCCUCAGGGACCACCUCCUCAAGUAUUUUCCGGAUUUCCAACUGGCUUCCUUGUCACAGAUGCUUUCAAGGCUGGUAAUACAGUGCAGCUGAUUGCUAGGAGUAAUGGUAAUCCUGUUGGAGUAGUGAAUGGAGACAUAUGUGCCAGGGGCAAUUUCAGCAAAACCGAUUCUAGUUGGGAUGUUAGCAUUGCUUCAAACAAUGGUGUCGUGUUUACGAAUGUCAAUUGGAAAGGAAUGCAUAUUGCAAUAAGGGGCAAGAGCCUAACUGCUAAGGGUAGCAAUGAUAAGCACUGUCCACUUAAAGUUCAUGUCUUGCCUGAUAAUUACAUUUAUCUUGAGAGUCUCCAUCAGCCUGGUACUUACGUUGGGUUUGAUCAGAGAGGGAACCCCAGGAAACCAAAAGAACUGGCUCCGUCUGAGGUCGAUGCCCAGUUCUUUGUCCGUAUAUUGCGUCAGAAACACUUGAGCUAUGACAUUAAGAAUCCAGGUGGAGGAGCAUCAGUUUUUACUCGUAUCCCUGAUAUGUCUGUAGUACAAUUCUUUGUCAGUGGACAUGAGAAAUAUCUCUCCAUUAAUUCUGCUGGUGCUGUACUGACCACUGCUAAUCCUAAUGAUGAUACAACAUUCUUUUAUUGGAAGGAUCGUGGAAUGGGCAUCGUGUCUUUGCAGAGCUACAAGUUUCAAGGUUAUCGAUUCAGGGUGUCGGGAAAUGCCAUCAUUGCCAAGGGUGAUCCCGAUCUAAACAGUGAUUUCCGAGUUAAAGAGAACAGCGAUGGUACAGUUACUUUUGAAUCGGUUGUGAAUCCAGCCAUGUCUCUGGGUAUUGCAAUUGGUAGUACAGCAGUUACCAGUCUCUCUGCUAACCUAAUGAAUAUCCAGCAGUAUGGCAGGAACACUACUGUCACUAAAUCUAGAAUAAUUUGAAGACCAUUACCAAGUGAUACCAAGAAAAUAAUAACAACUUAAAGAGCUGUUGAAAUUAAAUUUAUUAAUUGGUAGCUAGUUAAUUGUGAUCCUUUUAUAUUAACUGUAAUUUUAACAUUAUCGAUGUUUUUGUUUUUUGUUCUGUAAGGCCAAAUUUAUUUGAUAAUAAUAACAAUCAGAUUAA